CAGAUAUAAACACGGUAUGUUAGUGCACUAAAUGUAGCAAUAUUGCGCUGUUUUGAGGUCUAAUUCAACCAGAACGUUAAAAUAUAGGCUGAUUAACAGCUUUUGAGAAAGAUGAUUCCGACGCAGUGGGAACUCCCACCGGAGUUAUGUUGCAGGCCAAUGGCCUUUGUGGCUCUGACUGGUCUCGAUGUGGUCUACAACGCUGUCCACCGUGCCAUCUGGGAUGCCUUCUGUGCUAACCGACGGGCAGACAGGGUGCCUAUUUCCUUUAAAGUCUUGCCAGGAGAUCAUGAGUACCCAAAGUGCAGAACUAAGAGAACCUCCUACGAGUGGUACAUUCCUAAGGGCAUUCUGAAGACAGGCUGGAUGAAUAAACACUUAAACCUGGUACCUGCUCUAGUGGUGCUUUUCUAUGAGCUGGACUGGGACGAUGCUCAGUGGAAGGAGAAGCAGUCAGAGUGUGCUACUAAAGUGGAGAUUGUCAGGACGAGUCUGCAGGGAAGAAACACAAAGGUUGCUGUUGUCUUAAUCCAGAAGAAGACUCCUCUUCCACCAGGGGAGGAUCUGGUGGCGUCUGAGAGGGCUGCAGCUCUGUGUAGCGCCUGUGAUCUGUCUGCAAAGUCUUUGUUUGUUCUCCCCCAUACCGAUCAUCUGGUGGGCUACAUUAUCAGGUUGGAGAAUGCAUUUUACGAGCAUGCUCAGAUAUACUACUAUAACGAGAUCCGAAGAGUGAAAUCGCACAAAGAGUUUCUUAAUAAAACAACUCAUCAGCUGCUGUUUGUGAGGCAUCAGUUCAAAAUCGGCUUCUUUAGUGAGCUCAAGCAGGACACACAGAAUGCACUUAAGUACUACAGGACGGCCUACAGUCUUGUCCACGAGCUCCGAGCCCAUGAAACCAACAUGCUUGAGAUCAAGACCUUGGCUGGGUUCAUUAAUUAUAAGAUCUGCAGACUUUGUUUUCAGCACAACACACCUCUGGAUGCCAUCGCCCAGUUCAGGAAACACAUCGACCUGUGCAAGAAGAAGAUAGGAAGUGCUGAACUGGCCUUCGAGCACACCGCCUGGAUGUCUAAGCAGUUCCAGUCAUUUGGUGAUCUGUUUGAUGAGGCCAUCAAGCUGGGUCUUACAGCAAUACAGACACAGAACCCUGGUUUUUACUACCAGCAGGCUGCUUGCUACGCCCAGGAACGCAAACAGCAAGCCAGCCAGCUCUGUAGCCAUGAGCCGAAUGCUAGCUAUCCCACACCUGAUCCUUUGGAGACAGCCACAGGAGCCUUGGAUUUCUAUGGCCAGAGAACAUGGAGACAAGGCCAUCAGAGUAUUGACCCACCUGACCCUGAGAAGGAGAAACAUGGCAUCCUUGCUCUCCAACUAAAAGAGAAGGAAGUGCUCCAUUCAGAGCUGAUCAUCGCACUGCUCAGCAAUGCUGUUGCACAGUUCAAGAAGUACAAGUGCCCUCGCAUGAAGAGUCACUUGAUGGUCCAGAUGGGAGAGGAAUACUACAAUGCCAAGGAUUACACUAAAGCUUUAAAACUCUUGGACUAUGUCAUGUGUGACUAUCGAACCGAGCGCUGGUGGACUCUACUCACCUCCAUCUUGUGCACGGCGCUGAAGUGCUCAUACCUAAUGGGUCAUGUCAAAGACUACAUCACUUACUCUGUGGAGCUGGUGGGCAGAGCUUCUACUCUACGUGACGAUCAAAAGUCUAGGAUUGAGAAGAACCUGAUCAGAGUGCUUAUGAAUGAAGUUCCAGACCCGGAACCAGAUUGUGACCCCAGCUCAGUGAAGGCAGCUCUGGGCCUGUGGAGUGACCGGGUCUCACUAGCUGGCAAUAAUGAGUUUACAGUCGAAGUGCAGGAUUACGUGCCCUUUAUCCAGUGCAAGGCCAAGUUCAUAUCUCCCAGCUUUCAUGUGGACGAGCCUGUACAGCUGCAUGUCUACUUAAAAGCUGACUGUCCCCAUCCUGUCCGCUUUGCCAAGCUGGGUGUCAGCCUGAGCAACCAGGAGUAUAACCAGUACUGCUUGGUGGAAGAAGCCUCCAAAGAAAAGGACGUUCUGGAACCUUCCUCUCAGCAGAACAUGUGUCUGGUACCUGGCAAAACCCGAAAGUACUGUUUCAAAUUUGUGGCCAAGACUGAGGAUGUCGGAAGAAAGAUCGAGAUCACCCACGUUGACCUGAUGCUGGGUAGCGACACUGGUCGGUGUGUGUAUCUGAACUGGAGGGGUGGAGGUGGUGACGCUGCUUCUACUCACGAGGCUUUGCAGGCAUCACGCUCCUUUAAAAGGCGAACUUGUGUUCCACAGCAGCAGAUCGACUGGAACUCCAUUUCCAUCCAGGCUAGCACCAUGAUCAUAUCCAGAGUGCCCCGAAUCUCUGUGCAGCUGCAUCAUGAGCCGCCAGCCCUGACCAACGAGAUGUACUGCAUGACGGUCACUGUCCAAUCAGAGGAAAGCACCGUGGCCAAAGACGUCAGUCUUACUGCCGGCCUCAAACCAGGUCAGGAUGCAAAUCUCACACAAACUACCUACGUCACACUAAACAGCUCUGAGGUUUGUGACGACGCCCAUCCCGCCCUGCUUACUGACAUUUCUAUUGGGGAUUUACAACCAGGACAGAAGAUUGAGAAGAAGCUGUACAUUCGCUGUGUAAGCACUGGCUCCAGAAUCCUCCUGUUUCAUGUCUCUUAUGCAGUGAGCACCACAGUGGAGGGCAAAGACAUCACAUGCAGGUGUCACAAGGAUGAAACGGUCAGUGUUGACGCUGUGGUUCCAUUUGAAGUGGCUUUCAAGUUUGUGUCCACUAAGUUUGAGCACCUGGAGCGAGUGUACGUGGACGUGCCCUUUCUGCUAAUGACAGACAUUUUGAGUGCAUCCCCAUGGCCUGUGCAUCUGGUCAGCAGUGAGCUGCAGCUGGCUUCAAACAUGACCGCCGCCGAUCAGCCUCAGAGCCAAGUGGAAGGAGUGGUGCUACAGACUGGGGAGUGUGCCAGCGAGUGCUUUAACCUCAAAUGCCCUCCUCUUCAGAAUGGUACCAGCACAGUGGCAGCAGGACACUACCUCAUCUCAUGGAAAAGAAAGUCAGAGUGCACUGAGACACCAGUGGUUAAAACGCCUAUGGUUCUCCCUCAUGUUAUUGUGGAGACGAUCCCUCUGUAUGUCCAUGCUGACCUGCCCUCGUUUGGUCGUGUGAGGGAGUCUCUUCCUGUGCGGUACCACAUUGAAAACCGGACAGGGCUGGUCCAGGAUGUGGAUGUUUCUGUGGAACCCAGCGAAGCCUUUAUGUUCUCCGGACUCAAACAGGUGCGGAUGAGGAUCUUGCCGGGUGCAGAGCAGGAGAUGGUGUACAACUUCUACCCUCUGAUGGCUGGAUAUCAAAACCUUCCUGUGCUCAACAUCAACUUGCUGCGCUUCUCCAGCAUCUCCAACCAGCUGCUGCGCCGCUUCCUCCCCACCCGCAUCUUCGUCAAGCCUCAAGGGAGAAACGGAGAUGCUUCUAUUGCAGCUGCUUGAGAAGUGUGGUGUGAAACGUUCCUGCAUUUUACACUGAUCUGGGAGCAGUUUAGCAGGUUCACUUUACAAGGUUGAUUGACAGAAUGGAAGGUGAAGCUGUUUGAUUAAGCUGAAGAAUAACUCGCCACUUUUAGUGAUUUUGUGUUUGGGAUUUACAAACAUUCCUUUUUUGACUGGAAAUCCAAAGUGUGUCAAUAUACUGACUAAUACGUGUGUGUUACUACAAAUAGAUUUGAGUUGGUUGAAUUAAGCUGCUCAACAUAAACAGCGCUGGAAUGGUUGCAUGAACUGUUGGUUCAUCGUUUUCACCUUUUUCCUUUUCUUUAUUUUUAAAAAUCUCAGAACUAAAACAGUUAUGUAAUGCAAAUCCAUAAGUAAUAUUAAUAAUAAAUGCUUACUGCUGAUUUAGAAAA